UACGUCGCACACAAGGAGAUUUUAUUUUUCUAACCUCCUUGAGUGAAGAAAUCUCUUUCCUGAUAUUUGUGUAUCUUCUUUGGACAAACAACAUUAAUGGCGGCGAGAGAGUGUUUAUGCUGAAUCCCGGAGCCAGCUGAGUCCUGUAGACUCAGUAUUAAUAUAUACCCCUAAAGAACUGCUGUGACAUUAUGACGUGAAGACAUUUGAUGCAAACAUGCGAAAAACUUCUUUGUCAUGGACUGGGUUAAUAAUGACGGCGUACACGAGACCAAAGAUGGACUACAUCUGUCAUCAGAUGAUGGUGUCUCUGUGUACUGUGAUGCUGUUUUGUUACAAAACACAACAGAUGGGAAGAUUCAAGCAUCAAGAAGUCAGGCAGAUAAAGAAAGAAAUCCAGACAGAAUUAGUCUUGACAGGAGAGGUUUGACAAAAUUUCCCCAACUUUCUGAGGAGCCAAAACUUCGUUUACUUUCUCUACAGCAUAAUCUUAUUUCAAGGGUAGACAGUUUAACAGACUCUGGUCUCUCUAAGCUUGUUUUUCUUGAUAUGUAUGACAAUCAACUAGAAAAGAUUUCAGGACUCGAGAGCCUUGAGAAUUUAAGAGUGCUCUUGAUGGGAAAAAAUAGGAUACGAAGGAUAGAAGGUUUAAAUAACCUUGUUAAACUGGAAGUGUUGGAUCUACAUGGAAAUCAGAUAUACCAAGUUGGAGGACUGUCAUCACUGAAUGAGUUAAAAGUGUUAAAUCUCGCUGGAAAUCAGAUUAGAGUGAUAGGUGCAACAGAUUUAAAUGGACUGAGUUCUCUGCAAGAACUAAAUCUUCGGAGAAAUAGAUUGAAGCGCCUCUUAGGAUUUGGUGAAACAAUACACUUGAGAAAACUUUUCCUCAGUAAUAAUGAUCUUCAGCAGGUUGAAGAUAUGAAUAGCGUUGUCAGAGCUGCAGAGCUUGAGGAAGUGACAAUUGAUGGAAACCCUGUUGCUCUCGGAGGUGAUUGUGUCUCAUUUUUAGUGUCCUACCUGCCAACUUUAAAAUUUCUUAGUCAUAUGGAAGUAACUGAAUCUGUUAGGAAAGCUGCAAUGUCCUGGAGAAAGAAUAAAGAAGCUUCAGAUAUGUUGGAAACAGCUAAAACCACUGAAAUAGAUGCAGAAAUUAAGCGGGAACAGGUGAUAUCAAAUGCCAGAACAAACUGGGAGUUAUUGCGCUCACAGACUAGAAUUGUGCCUGGGACCAACAGUUUGUGUGGUUCUUUAAGAGACUUAAGGUUUGAAACAGAAAAUGAUGUAACACAUGAACGCUGUGUCCAGAGUGAUUCAGGCAUCAGUGUGGGAUCAUCCUCCAACAGCUCUUACUUCCAGAGUGUCAGCCACAAUGUUCAUGCUCAUCCACUUUCUGCAGCCGAAAUAAGGAGACAAAGAUUUUCACGUAAAACCUGUUCACAGGAUUCAGAGUUUUCUCAGACAACAAAUUCUUCAUCUGGAGCUGCCAGUAUAGAAUUUUUUAAGCUCCCUCCAAUAUUUUCUCCAUUACUGUCAGGCACAGAUAAUCAGCAGGAAAAUUUAGCUUCCCAGAGUGGAAAAGAAAGUGAUGAAUUGCUCACCAGAAAUGACAGUUUGAAGCGUUAUGAUAGUCUGUCAAGUGUAGAGCCAAAUGUGGACAGUUCAGUGAGCUCAUUUCCCAGUGAUACCAGCAGCAGCAGUGAGGAACAAGAGUCAAGUGAAGAAGCUGUCUCAGCAUCUGAAGUGCAAUGUAGACCAGGUGAGGUGACAAGCACCACCAGGAGUUCCACCCACUGCCAGAAACAUACAGGUCACAGAGCACAUACCCGAGUUAGCACAGCAAGAAAUAGGCUAAAAUUUUCAGCCUUACCUGGAAAGAUACGUGAACAAGGUGGAGAUUAUCUUAUAGAAAUCAGUGGUCAGUGCCUCAAUGUGUAUGGACAAGGAGCUCUGCGCUUCAUUGAUCGGCCGUGGAAUUCAGGAAAAUCAGCAGAAGUGUAUACUGUAAAAUUCAAUUAUAUAAAUUUUAAUCACAUCAUUUCAGUAUUUGGAAGACUGAAGCAGCGCUUUCAAAAUGUUGAAAACUUUGUCUUUCAAGAGACAAAUAUUCAUUGUUUGGGUCAGCUUAAUGCUCUAGCUGAUGUGCAAGGUCUGACCUCUCUGCAUAUUGAGAGCGAAGGGAACCCCAUAACACAAAAGGACUGGAUUAAAUAUGCUAUAUACCGACUAUCACACUGGGGACUUAAAGUUAUAAAUGGAAAAGAGGUAAAGGAUGAAGACAUAGCCGAAGCAUCAGAAGAGUUCCAAGGCUUAAGUGACAUAAUUCUGUGGUCCCUGCCUGAGAGCCUUUUGCAGCCACUUCUUGGUCGCUUGCAGAUUACUGGUACACAGCAACAGCAUCAACAGAUGUCAGCUAAGCAGUGGCUGUGGACUGCUGAUCCUGCUUUGCGGAGUGUUGUGGGGAAAGAAGCAUUGCAGUGGCGGAGAUCUUCUCUGACACAGGAGGAUGUGCUAUGGAGGCACAGAGGACGAGUGCAUUUGGCAUAUCUUUUGGAGGUGGCUUGUGCUGCUGUAGAGAAACUGCAUAUGUUGGAGGCACAGUGGCCCAGUAUAUUGGCUGAGCUUGUCAGAGAUACACUUGUUGAUUACUCUCAUCUUGAUUCCUACAUGAAACAGUGUAUGCAAAAACUUAAAGUGUAGACUGAAGGAUCUAUAUAGAUCCCAGAUGGAAAGAAAAAAUCUAUGAAAUUGGAAAAGGAAUGAGUAAAAAUCUAGACAUUUGCAGUUAGAGUAAUGAGGUAUAAAAAAUUAUGGGGCUAAUUAAUAGGCAUCUCCACAUGAUUAAAAUGUGAUAUUUUAUUGGUUUUCAUCACUUAUGGUGUCAACAAAGCAACUGUGACAUCAUAUUUCUUUACAUAAUUAUUACAGAUGUAGAGAUCAGAAUGUUUUGCAAACUUGCUUUCAUACAUCACUCAACUCUGUUGUAUAACUAUUACGAUAAGUAACUGUAAUGAAUGGAAGAGCUUAAACCAUUAACUUACCAUACAGUAGUAACUUAUCACAACCCACAAGCUGGUUUGAAUAUUACAGUGCUUCGGUACCCAUACUCCUAUUAGAAGUGUAUAUCCUUGCAUCAUACCAACUUUUGAACUGACUAGCAAGUUAUGUGAGAACCUAAAAUUUAAUAUUGAUUCUGAAUCAUGUUCCAAGUUAGCAUAUUUCAGAUUAAAAAAUCUGUUUUGAAAACAAAAAUAUCAUCUUGUUGUAGUGUCACAAAGUGAUACUAAGAAGCACUGAGAUAAAAAUAUAACAAAAUGUUCUUUCAAUCUGUAUUUCUGAAUGUAUCACAAUCUUCACUCUACCUAUAUAUCUCAAGUAGGAAAUGUGAUAAAUAAAUAUCCCCUGUAAGUGAAGAACUUUUCUUUGUUUCACAUUUUUGGAUGUGUCACUAUCUUUACUUCACCUACAUAACUCAAGUCAGAAACAUAAGUGUCCACUACAUCAAAAACUUUUUUAUUUCUCACUUUUGGAUGCAUUACAACUUCAGCUAUAGCACUCAAGUCUAGAAGGCAAUAGAUGUCUUCCCACAGAAGCAUGGGGUAUUCCAGUUUUACCUAAAUAUUAUAUUAUUACCUAAGUUUUAUAUUUUGAAUAUAAUUAAAUGAAGAUUUUGUGACAAGUGCAUCCUUCCCAAGCACUAUUUCUGAAUAUAUGGAAACAUAUGGUUUGAAAGCAAUUACAUUGACUGUGGUCAAAGUUGAUGGAAUGUAUUGUAAACAAGACUACUGCUUUUAUGAGGCUUAGCAACAAAACUUACUCAUUAUUGAGGUUGACAGCAUGUAUGAAGAGAGACUUUGCUUCAUACUUGAGAGACUAUCUUUCAGGCCAAAUUUAUCUUGUUGUAUGGCACCAGAAAAAGGAGAAAAAACAACAAAUGUUACACUCGGAGUACUGUGGUAAUCACCACCUCCCAUUGGGGUGAGGGUGGCGGUGAGGAUGAAAAUGGGGUGGGACAGGAGAUGGACAGAGAGGAGGUGGGAAAGGAAGACUGUUUGAGGAGGCAGGUGAACAAUGAAAAGGUGUGAGGUGAAAGAAGAAAGUGUAAGGAGGUAGGUGUGGAAGUGGGAGGGGGUGGUAGGAAACAGAUGGAGAGGGACAGAUUCUGGGGUGGGAGGUGUAAGAGGAACAGAGUGUGAGGAGGUAGUUAGAAGAGAGAAAGAGAGAGAGAGA